UGUUUUGUGACGGGGUGGAAAAUGGCGGCUGUUCGUAGACGGUAUUAACUUUAUACUAGGCGAGUAAUAACCACAGUAACAAACAGUUUUCACGUAAUUUUUUUUAGAAUGAUUAAAAUACGACUUGAGUGCAUGUUUUUCUUUAACUUGCAUAUAACAGGACGCCGUCCCAAACGCUAGCAUUAUCUGUGCACGACUUUAGUUGAUGAAGACAAGGGACCCAGUUCGAGUAUUGAGACCCUCUUUAAGGUUUUAUGUCAUUAAUAAUUGUACCGUUUCUUUUCAGUUCACCACACUGAAGUAGUAGCCUGUUUUAAAGCAGUAUUCUCCAUAUUCGCCUUUUCAUGCCCACUCGUCGCUUUUUAGACCAAACUUGCGUGAAGUCUGUUAGUGGAAGAUGUAAACACGGACCCGUUAUCGGUAGGCGCGUGUUAAGAGUUGGUCACUACUUUGUUACAACUCGCGCAAACCUCAGAGCUAGAGCUGAAAAUACUGCUUCCAGCCCACUGUUCACUAUCCAGUGAGGACAUGCGUUACUGCGUUAUUUGAAGUGAACAUUUCUCGUGAGUGUUCGUAUAAACUCUGCGUCGUUGAAUGGUGGUUUGGUUAACUCGGUGGGACACAUCUCACUCUUUGCGGCGACAAUGGAUGAUGCCAAACCUCGGUGCAGCAAAAGGCUGCGGUCUGGCACCCGGCGACGUUACCACGAUGACGGUAUUUCAGAUGAGGAGAUUGAUGGAAGGAGAAUGUUUGACUUGGAGGAGAAAGUCAGCAGCAAGAGGUUCAGCUCUGACCGGAUUAUUCGCAUGGAGGGAAAAGACUUUUCCUAUGAGUUCGUCCAGAGAGGUGGCCUGAGGGACCCACUCCUUUUUGAGAAGCCUGAUGGACUUGGGAUGAAGAUGCCAGAUCCUGACAUCAGUGUCAAUGAAGUCAAGAUGUUUGUCGGUAGUAGACGCAUGAUAGACGUGAUGGAUGUGAGCACUCAGAAGGGGACAGAGAUGUCCAUGGCCCAGUGGACACGUUACUAUGAGACCCCUCCGUCUCAGAGAGACAAGAUCUAUAAUGUUAUCAGCCUGGAGUUCAGCCACACCAAACUGGAGAACCUGGUCAAGAGACCUACCACCGUAGACCUCAUAGACUGGGUGGACAACAUGUGGCCUCGUCAUUUGAAGGAGAGACAGAGAGAUUCAACCAAUUCCAUCAAUGACAUGCAGUACCCCAAAGUACAGAAGUACUGUCUGAUGAGCGUUGAGGGCUGUUACACAGACUUUCACAUUGACUUUGGAGGGACUUCGGUUUGGUACCACAUUCUGAGAGGGACCAAGGUGUUCUGGCUGAUCCCUCCAACCUCCCAGAACCUGCAGCUCUAUGAGGAGUGGGUGCUGUCAGGAAAACAGGGAGAUCUUUUCCUGGGAGACAGAACAUCCGACUGCCAAAGGAUUGAACUGAGGCAGGGCUGCACCUUCUUCAUACCCUCAGGUUGGAUUCACGCUGUGUACACCCCUGUGGACUCUAUGGUGUUUGGAGGAAACUUCCUGCACAGCUUCAACAUCCCCAUGCAACUCAAUAUCUCUAACAUAGAAGACAGAACGCGGGUGCCGGUGAAGUUUCGUUACCCCUUCUACUAUGAGAUGUGCUGGUAUGUGCUGGAGCGCUACGUCUUCAGUCUCACCAAGACCUCCUACCUGACGCCAGAGUUUCAGAAACACUCCCUGGGCAUUGGUCUGAAGAAACCCGCUGGCCUGGGACUGGCCAGUGAGCACGUCAAAGAGGAGGAGGACGAGGAGGAGGAGGAGGAUGAGGAAGACGAGGAUGGCAGUGGUAGUGAUGAAGAAGAUUUAGGGCAACAGUCUGACAAGGACCUUAAAGUCCACAUGACUCCGUUUGAGCUGGAGGGGCUGUGGAACCUGCUGGGUAAACUGGAGUCUCUGCCCUCCAACAAAAAGUGUGUUCCAGCAGGGAUACACAACGCACCAGCACUCAUUACACACAUCAAGGCGCUGCUAAAGGAACAUGCCAAUGACAGUCCCAAACUGUCCUAUGUGGGAAAACCCAUCGUUAAGUGGCCGAAGAGGCCGUCAUGGUACCAGCCUCCUCCUCCUCCACCUCCACCUCCUCGUCCUAAACUGGCCUCCACUCCGAUCAUCCCGCGGCCUCAGAAACCAGCUUCUUCCAUGUCUGUGCUGAGGCGGCGCAGGGUCAGAUGUAAGCGCUGUGAAGCCUGUAUGAGACCAGAGUGUGGAGACUGUAACUUCUGCAGAGACAUGAAAAAGUUUGGAGGCCCAGGGAAGCUCAAGCAGACCUGUGUGCUACGGCAGUGUCUCUCUCCGGGCCUUCCUCUGUCUGCAGUGUGUGAGAUCUGCAAGGAGCCCAACCAAGAGGAAACUGGGGAACUGUCCCUCACUCUGAUGGAGUGCUCCAACUGUGCACAGAUAGUCCAUCCUGCCUGCCUCACGGUCCAAGGGGAAGGAGUGGUGAAUAAAGACCUGCCCAGCUGUUGGGAGUGUCCAAAGUGUGUCCAGGGGAUCACUGAUCCAGAGUCAUCAGGUAGUGAUGAAUCGUUGGCUGCAGGCCACCGACAGCACAUCCGCCCCCACGGCCCCCUGGUCCUCAGGCUGGGUCCCGGGCCCUCUGCUACCAUAGGGGGUCCUGUGGGCUCCCAGCAGGAUGGGGAGGUUGUCCACUGUGGUUUCUUCCCUUCUCCUCUUCCAUCCUGCUCUUCCUCCUCCUCCGCUUCACUUCUGUUGGUGGCGGCCCCUCUGCCUUCUCAGCCAAUCAGCUCGAGACUGUCAAAAGGCGACAGAGGGGACGGCCUUCCAGUGAAAAGAAAAUCCUCUUCCCUGCUAGACGCGCGUAUAGCUAAGAUUUACAGACGACAGCGACACAGCCGUGAUGGGGACGACUCUGCCAGUGAUGACGAUGAUGCAUCUCAUCGAAGAAAGAUGCUUCAUGCCCGAGCGGGGAGCCACUCCUCCAGGAAGGCGUUCGGUGCCAACAGGAGAGGCCUGCUGAGAGGAGGCUCGGCUCACAGAGGAAACAGAGGAGCUCUUGUGUCUCAAAGCUCCUCCGUCCUCAAACUGAAGCGAGGGAUGGGCAUAAGGGAGGCUGGGCGCAGGGGACGAGGCGUGAGGCUGCGGGGCGGCUCCAGCAUGCAGCGGAGGGGGGACGAGUUUGAGGAUUCGGACGACGAUGACGACGACGACGACGACGAGGACGAGGAAGAGGAGGAGGAGGAGGAGGAAGAGGAGGACAGUGAAGACGGAGACAGGGAGCGACAGCAUCGACGGCGCAGGAGGAGACACAGGACUGAUGAUGAAGAGGAUGAUGAUGAUGAAGACAGCGAGGGGCAGGAGUUCGACCCUGAGGAGGAGGAGAUGGACACUCUGGAAGACGAAGAGGAUGAAGACGUCCAGGACGAAGGGCACUGGGAUUCAGACCCAGAACCUCCGGUGCUUCUGGUGUCUGAUCUGAAUGACGACCUGCUGAGUGGCUCCUACCUGACGGUCACUCUGCAGAGCCCCCACAAGACCAAGAGACAGUCCGGCUCCAUCGUUCCAAAGCUGGAAGCAGCCAUGGGUCAGAGGAGCGCUUCAGUCAGCGGAGGAGUUCAGCAGGGCUUCAUCCAGAGAAAGACGGCUCUGUCCAAACCUUCACGGCUCAAACACGACUCCACAUCCGACAGCAUUUCCCCCAGAGGACCUGGCAGGCCUCGUCUGAGGGGUGGCCACGGGGACAAAGGCAGUAGAACCCGCUCAUCGUCAUCUUCAGAAGACGAAGCUGCUCCUGCGUCCUCCUGUCUGUCUCCCCUGUCCUUACUCAAUCUGCCGUCCUUCAAAGACGUGGGCAAUGAGAGAGAAGGGGAAAAGGAGGUGUGGGUGUCUGUGUUCAGAUACUUGACCAGAGCUGAGCUGCUGGCCUGCAUGACCGUGUGUAGGGCGUGGUAUAAGUGGAGCUGUGAUAAACGUCUGUGGAGCCACAUUGAUGUGAGUCGGUGCAGCCCGCUCAGCAACCAAGCCCUGGCAGGCAUCAUCAAACGCCACCCCACCUCGCUGGAUCUGUCCUGGACACCCCUGGCCAAGAGACAGCUCAACUGUUUGCUCACUAGGCUCCCAGGUCUUAGGGAGCUGAGGGUGACUGGUUUGUCCUGGUCCUGUCUGUCAGCGCUGGUUUCUCCCACUCUGCCACACCUGCGCCUGCUGGACUUGCGCUGGUGUGACGGCCUGAAAGACGCACAGAUUAAAGAGAUCAUCACUGUACCUGGUUUGGAGUCGUCCCGCAGCCGACUGAAGAACAUGGUGACGCUGUGUCUGUCCGGUCUGGACGUCAGUGACUCCACUCUGAGGCUCAUUCAGCGACACAUGCACCAGCUGGAAAAGCUGGACCUGGCUCACUGCAAGGACAUCACGGAUUCCUCCAUCGCACUGCUGGCGGCAGCAGGGACUCACACUCGCAACAACCUCACUGAGCUCAUUCUGGCAGGUUGCAGCGAGUUAACAGACGGCUGUCUGUCUUACCUGAAGCGUCUCUCUUCUCUGACUUUGUUGGACCUCAGAGGUUGCAGGGGCAUUAGCAGACGAGCCUGCGACAGCUUCAUUUCUGACUUGUCUCAUGUGGCUCUCUAUUGUAUGAUGGAGGAGAAGUUCAUCCAGCGCCUGGACUAACACAGUUACAGUACUGUCUAAGAGGGAAGAACCUUUGUCGUUGUUGUAUAUAUUUUUAUAUUCUCAAACCAGCUUGUCCCGGCGGCCUUAAGGUACCGUAAGUAUGAGUAUUACGUACAGAAAUGUCCCUUUGUGAUAAGUGAGGAGAAACACUGAAACUCCCACCUCUUCUCAUCCAGCAAGACAGUUUAACAGAAUAUGAGCAUAAUCGUAAAUCAACAAGUUAACUGACUUUUUUGUAAUUUCUUGUAGGUUUGCAUUUUCUACAUCUUUUGAACAUACUUUACUGUAUAAAGGGGUAUAAAGGUGUCUUUAAGUAGUAAAAAUACUGGGGGAAAAACAACCUUGUUUACUUGAACACAGUGGAUACCUGUGAUUAACAUCGUGGUAUUUUGUUUCUGAACAGUGAAUUCCACAUUUUCUUUUUUUUUUUUGUUUCACUAAGACAUGUGGUAUUAAACAGUUUGAAUACUUAAUAAAAUGUGAAUUGUUGAG